UUCUGGGAACUUUUUUUUUACCAGUGGUUUGCACAUCCCUGUUGUGGAGUUCAAGAUGGCGGGACGCAGUGAAGAUGAAAGUGUGAGCAAUAGCAAUGGAGAAUCAAGUAAUUCUGAUGAUGAGUCUGGAUCAGGCUCUGCCUCUGCUUCGGGUUCCGGCUCCAGUUCCAGCUCUUCCAGCAGUAGCAGCCAGUCGGGGAGCAGUGACUCAGGAAGUGCCUCAGACUCUGGCAGUCAGUCUGAGUCUGACACUGAGAAAUCCAAUGAGAAAAAAGAAUCACCAAAUAAGCCAAACAUUGAUGGAGCUGAGUUCUGGAAGUCCAACCCCAGCAUUCUGGCAGUUCAAAGAUCGGCUAUGCUCAGGAAACAGCAGCAACAACAGAGACAAGCCUCUUCUAACAGUGGGUCAGAUGAGGACUCUUCAAGUAGUGAUGAAUCUGACACCUCAAGUGGAUCCAGAAAGCGAGGGAAUUCGGACUCUUCUGACUCUGGAUCAGGCUCAGUCUCUGGGAGUGAUACUGGGUCAGAUUCAUCGACAGACGAAAACAGUAAUGAAACUGCAUCAGACUAUGAGCCCAGUCUCAAAUUUAAAAGCAGAAAACUUCCAACCAAGAUGAAUUCUCGAAAUGGAAAAAGUGUCACUCAGAGAAAGAAAUCCCAAAAGUGUUCAUCUUCUGAGGAAGAAAAUAACUACGCAAAGAUAGCAUGUGGAGGGCCACGACGACAGGCCACUGUCAACAUAAGUUAUAAGGAAGAUGAAGACAUAAAUACAGAUUCUGAUGAUUUGGUGGAGGUUUUGGGUGAAGAUGUUCCAAUGCCUGAGGAGGAAGAAUUUGAGACAAUUGAAAGAGUAAUGGACUGCAGGUUAGGACGAAAAAGAGCAACAGGAAGUUCAACCACCGUAUAUGCUGUAGAAGCAGAUGGAGACCCCAAUUUUGACUUUGAUUCAAAUAAAGAGACUGGCGAGAUUCAAUAUUUCAUUAAGUGGAAAAACUGGGCACACAUCCAUAACACUUGGGAGACUGAGGAAACACUAAAGUUGCAGAAUGUCAGGGGCAUGAAGAAACUGGAAAACUUCAAAAAAAAGGAACAAGAGAGAAAAAAAUGGUUAAAGGCAGCAUCACCAGAAGAUCGGGAAUAUUUUAAUUGUCAAGAGGAACUGAUUGAUGACCUGCAUUCUCAGUAUCGGCUUGUUGAACGUAUCAUAGGACAUUCGAAUCAGAAGUCAGCUGCUGGUUACCCAGACUACCUCUGCAAGUGGCAAGGUUUACCAUACUCAGAGUGUAGCUGGGAAGAUGGUGCUCUGAUUGCCAAAAAGUUCCAGAAAUGCAUUGACGACUACAUGGGCAGAAAUCAGUCAAAGACCAUUCCCUCUAGAGACUUGAAGUUGAUGAAACAGAGACCCAGAUUUGUACCAAUGAAGAAGCAGCCAGUUUACAUUGGAGGUGACGGACUGGAGCUCAGGGACUACCAGCUGGAUGGUUUAAACUGGAUGGCCCACUCCUGGAGCAAAGGCAACAGUUGUAUUCUUGCUGAUGAGAUGGGCUUAGGAAAGACCAUCCAAACAAUCUCUUUCCUCAACUACCUGUUUCAUGAGCACCAGCUGUAUGGACCAUUUCUUCUAGUGGUGCCUCUUUCUACACUUACAUCUUGGCAAAGGGAAAUACUGUUGUGGGCCCCUGGGAUGAAUGUUGUCGUCUACCUUGGAGACAUCAACAGCAGAAAUAUGAUACGAACACAUGAGUGGAUGCAUGUCCACAAUAAGAGAUUGAAAUUUAACAUCCUCCUCACAACGUACGAAAUUCUUCUAAAAGACAAGUCAUUUCUAGGUGGUGUUAACUGGGCCUUUAUUGGUGUGGAUGAGGCACACAGGCUGAAAAAUGACGACUCUCUUCUAUACAAAACAAUGAUUGACUUCAAAUCCAGUCACAGGCUUCUAAUCACAGGAACACCUCUUCAGAAUUCCCUAAAAGAGCUCUGGUCUUUGCUCCACUUCAUUAUGCCUGAAAAGUUUCACUCCUGGGAGAUGUUUGAGGAGGAGCAUGGAAAAGGCAGAGACUCGGGCUACACCAGUCUCCACAAGGAGCUGGAACCCUUCCUGCUGCGUCGUGUCAAGAAGGAUGUCGAAAAAUCUCUGCCAGCUAAAGUGGAGCAGAUUCUCCGAGUGGAGAUGAGUGCUAUCCAGAAACAGUACUAUAAAUGGAUUUUGACCAGGAACUACAAAGCUCUGAGUAAAGGCACAAAAGGCAGCACAUCUGGCUUCCUGAACAUCAUGAUGGAAUUGAAGAAAUGUUGCAAUCACUGUUACCUUAUCAAGCCUCCUGAUGACAACGAAUCUCUGAACAAAGUGGAAGCUUUACAGCAACUGGUCCGCAGUAGUGGAAAGCUUGUGCUAUUGGACAAACUGCUGGUUCGUUUGAAGGAGCGAGGUCACAGAGUUCUAAUCUUCUCCCAGAUGGUACGGAUGCUUGACAUUCUGGCUGAAUAUUUAAGGAGCCGGCAGUUCUUCUUUCAGAGAUUAGAUGGCUCCAUCAAAGGAGAAAUGCGGAAACAAGCUUUGGAUCAUUUUAAUGCCGAGGGCUCAGAGGAUUUCUGCUUCUUGUUAUCUACACGUGCGGGUGGACUGGGUAUCAAUCUAGCGUCAGCUGACACAGUGGUGAUCUUUGACUCAGAUUGGAAUCCUCAGAAUGAUCUUCAAGCUCAGGCCAGAGCCCACAGAAUUGGACAGAAAAGACAGGUAAAUAUCUACCGGCUGGUGACAAAAGGCUCAGUGGAGGAAGAUAUCAUUGAGAGGGCAAAAAAGAAAAUGGUUUUAGACCACCUCGUCAUUCAAAGAAUGGACACUACAGGAAAAACCGUCUUGCAUACUGGAUCUGCACCCUCUAGCUCAGCACCUUUUAGCAAAGAAGAGCUCUCUGCAAUUCUGAAGUUUGGUGCUGAAGAGCUUUUUAAAGAGCCAGAAGGUGAAGAGCUAGAGCCUCAGGAAAUGGACAUUGAUGAGAUCCUGAAGAGAGCUGAGACCAGGGAAAAUGACCCUGGGCCGUCCACUGUUGGAGAGGAAUUGCUGUCUCAGUUCAAGGUUGCUAACUUCUCAAUGAUGGAAGAUGAAGAUAUGGAUAUUGAUUCUGAGCGAAGUCGGCGCAGCUGGGAUGACAUCAUACCUGAAGAACAGAGGAGAAGAAUGGAGGAAGAGGAAAGACAGAAGGAGCUUGAAGAAAUUUAUAUGUUGCCACGGAUGAGGAAUUGUGCUAAACAGAUAAGUUUCAAUUCUGAUAGACGACAGAGCAGAAAUAGAAGAUACUCUGGCUCUGACAGCGACUCCACUUCCGACCGAAAGAGACCAAAAAAACGGGGAAGACCUAGAACUAUUCCGCGGGAAAACAUCAAAGGUUUUACGGAUGCUGAGAUCCGCAGGUUUGUCAAGAGUUACAAAAAAUUUGGAGGACCACUCGAAAGGUUGGAUGCCAUCGCUCGUGAUGCUGAACUUGUGGAUAAAUCUGAACAUGACUUGAAACGCUUGGCAGAGACUGUUCAUAAUGGAUGUGUCAGAACACUACAUGAAAACCCAUGUGGGCCAGAGAAGACAUCAGGAGGCAGACGAGGAAAAGUGAAAGGGCCAACAUUUAGGAUCUCUGGAGUCCAGGUUAAUGCAAAGCUUGUUAUCUCUCACGAAGAAGAACUGGCUCCACUCCACAAGUCCAUCCCUGCUGAUCCUGAGGAGAGAAAGAGGUACAUUAUUCCAUGUCACUCGAAGGCAGCACACUUUGACAUUGAAUGGGGAAAGGAGGAUGAUUCAAGUCUUCUCAUAGGAAUUUAUGAAUAUGGAUAUGGCAGCUGGGAGAUGAUCAAGAUGGACCCAGACCUAAACCUCACACACAAGCUUCUACCAGAUGAUCCUGACAAGAAGCCACAAGCCAAACAGCUCCAAGCGAGAGCAGACUACCUCAUCAAAUUACUGAGCAAAGACCUGGCCAAAAGAGAAUCACAGAAACAAACUGGAACAGUUAAUUCACGGAAGAAGAAACCAAGAAGAAAAAUCAGCAAAACUCUAAAGUCAAUAAAGGGGGAUGAUGUGAUCAAGAGCCCAUCUUCAGAUCUGACUUCAGACAAGAGAUCUGAUGAUGAGAAUGAAAUUGAUGUGGAAAAGAGGAUGGCAACCGGGAGGACUCCAACCAAACAUGUUCAAGAAGACAAGUUAAAGGGAAAGGACAGUUAUGAUGAGGAUCAUGAGCAUCAAGCUUCUUCAUCAGAGGAGAGAGACUGUGACGAAAAAGAGGGAAAAAAAGAAGAGGCUGAAAGCUGUGACAUUAAAGAGAGAAAGGAGCCAGUACAGAAACAGGAGGAUGACAACGGAGAAAAGAUUGAAGUAAAAACCGAGGUACGAGAAAGGACAAAGAGAGCUUCAAACUUAUCAGUUCAGAAGGCAUAUACUGCAGAUAAUGUGCCAGUAUGUGAGGAAUCUGAGGAAUUGGACCAAAGAACUUUCAGCGUGUGUAAAGAGAGAAUGCGUCCAGUCAAAGCUGCCCUGAAGCAGUUGGACAGACCAGAGAAAGGACUGUCGGAGCGCGAGCAGCUGGAGCACACCAGACAAUGCCUCAUAAAGAUUGGAGACCACAUCACUCAGUGUUUGAAGGAAUAUUCAAAUCCUGAUCAGAUCAAGCAGUGGAGAAAGAACCUGUGGAUAUUUGUCUCUAAAUUCACAGAGUUUGAUGCAAGAAAACUACACAAACUCUAUAAGCAUGCAAUCAAGAAAAGACAAGAAAAUGCCCAAACUGUGGAGCAGAACACGAAAGCUAUAAACACUCAAGGUUAUAAGCAUGGAGAUGUUGAACGACUGAAGGACAGCUCCCACCAAGAUGACAGCAGCAGAGAUAGCUACUGCUCAGACAGACAUCAGCCUUCAGGUAGAUACUCUGAAAGCAGCAGCAAUAAAGACAGACAUGGCUCUGAGUACCACAAGAAGUCCAGUGUGGUGGACUCCAGGAAAAGACCAUACUCUUCUUUCAGCAAUGGGAAAGACCACAGAGAUCAUUAUAAGACAGACAUUCGAGACAGACAGGACAGGUAUUAUAACGACAAUAAACAUAGGAAACUGGAGGAAUUCCGCACCAACAGAGACCAUCGGCAGGAGAUGAAGGAGCUUUCUCAUUCAGACUACCGUUCUUCCUACCGUUACCAUUCAGACUGGCAAACAGAACAGAGAGCGUCAGCAAGUGGAACACGUUCUCCUCGAGAUGAACGCUCACCUUGUGAGUCUCACUCACCAUUUGACUACUCAUCAGAUCACAAGAGUACGCCUGAGCAGAACUGGAGCAACCGUAAGACAUAACAGGAGCUGCUUGGUUCUACAGCAACAGUCCUAGACUCGGCAACUCAGUAAAUGCCUUAGGCUGAUUAGGGUUCCCUGUCAUAAAGCUGUUUGAAGGGCUGUUUCAGUCUCUUCACUUCAUUAUUUCAGUAACAGUAACCUGUGAACCCUCUCAGAAAGAGAAAACGCAAAGGACUUGUUGCUCCAUUAGACUCUACGGCUCUCAACAAAACGUUGUUACUAUCCUAAAGCUUGAAGUGGACAUAAUUGACCCUUUAUGCUGCCUUCAAUUCCUCCCAGCAAAUGACACUGGAUCUUAUUUUUGACUUCCCUCAGUCCUUGUCUUUGUAUUCAGACUUAAUGUGAUCAUGUUCCUUAUUUAAGAGUUAAGACGGGAAGAUGGCACUUCUCACGUGAACCGUGACACUUGGUGAUGUAGAGCUGUCUGGUUUAUUCCAGUAUGGACUCAGGCUCAACACCUGCAGUACCUCAUUUACAACAUUUUUUUUUUCAGUUUUUCCCACCAGCAACUUUGUAAAUUGUUUAAUAAGAUAAAUAGAAAAUUGCAACCUGGAUUUUUUUACAUAAAGUAAUGCUUUUGUACAUAUUUUUUUAUGUUUACUUCUGUAAAAUAGUGAAUCAGUGAACUGUUUCCUCAGGCUUAUUAUUAUGACUCCACGUUUCUCUUAACUCAGGCUUUUUUCAUCAUUCUAUCAGUGAGUUUUUUGUCAGAAAUAAUCAGAAUGUAUUUUUAAUGGGAAUGCUCAAUUUAUUCACUACUGCAAAGUUCUUUGGUGUAGUGAAAUGAAAAGUGAAAGCUGACCUCCAUUACAUUUUUAUUGUGUAGUUUCAGCAAAAGCCCCUGUAAGAAUUAAAAUCAACUUGAUUUUUAUUUUUUACUUUUCAAUUUAUUUUCCAUGUAGGCAAUAAUAUUGUCAAUGUGUCUAUGCAGCCAAGUAUAUUUGUUGUGAAUCACCUAACUGAAUGAAGUCACUGUUGAGGUUUAAACUUGUAUAAAUUUCCUAUAUAUUUCCAAAGGAAUUUACACUGAAAGUGCAUGCAUUUUUAUGGGCUGUUUUUAUAUGGUUUUAUAAAAUCAUUAAAAUAUGUCACUGUCUUCA